AUGAACUACCAAUAUUCUCCUUUAAUGAUGGAAGCUAUAGCUCCUGCAAUUAAUUUACCUGCUCUGCAGGAUCAAGUGGAAUGGCUUAAGAAUGAAGAAACGGUCAAUGCUGAACAGGAUGAAAAUAUUGACACCCGAGCAGAUCAUAACCUAAUUAUCCGUCAAGCCCGCCUGUCUGAUUCAGGGAACUACACCUGCAUGGCAGCCAACAUUGUUGCCAAAAGAAGAAGCCUCUCAGCCACAGUUGUGGUGUAUGUGAACGGAGGCUGGUCUUCUUGGACAACUUGGUCCAACUGCAAUGCCCAGUGUGGCAGAGGAUGGCAAAAGAGAUCCCGGACGUGUACUAACCCUGCUCCCCUCAACGGUGGUGCUUUCUGCGAAGGAAUGUCUGUACAGAAAAUUACCUGCACAUCAUUGUGUCCCAUGGACGGUGCCUGGGAGGUGUGGAGUGAAUGGUCAGUCUGCAGCCCUGAGUGUGAGCACUUGAGGAUCCGGGAAUGCACUUCUCCACCUCCACGGAAUGGUGGGAAAUUCUGUGAAGGCCCAAACCAAGAAUCAGAGAACUGCACGGAAGGCCUUUGUAUCCAAGACAGAAAAGCUCUUCAUGAAAUAAACCCCCAAAACAUUGAAAACCCAACAGACAUCGCCCUGUACUCAGGCCUUGGGGCCGCCGUCAUUGCUGUUGCCGUCAUUGUUAUUGGGGUGACUCUCUACAGGAGGAGCCAGAGUGAAUAUGGCGUGGAUGUGAUUGACUCCUCAGCUCUGACAGGAGGCUUCCAGACCUUUAAUUUUAAAACUGUCCGACAAGGUAACUCCUUGCUUUUGAACUCAUCCAUGCAGCCUGACCUGACUGUCAGUAGAACCUACAGUGGACCCAUAUGCCUUCAAGAUCCCAUUGACAAGGAGCUAAUGACAGAAUCCUCCCUCUUCAACCCUUUGUCUGAUAUCAAAGUCAAAGUUCAGAGUUCAUUUAUGGUGUCGUUGGGUGUGACAGAACAUUCGGAGUAUCACGGGAAAACUCAUUCCGGGACGUUUCCGCAUGACAACAACAAAACUUUCAAUCCUGUGCAUGUGAAGAACAAAACGGCCUACAUCCAGAAUCUCUCAUCCCUUUCCAAGCAAAACGAUAUGAGGGCUACCAGCAUAUUUGGUCAUCUGGGAGGGCGUUUAGGAAUUCCCAACACAGGAGUUAGCCUGCUAAUUCCCCAUGGGGCUAUCCCUGAAGAAACAUCUUGGGAGAUCUACCUUGCAAUCAACCAUGAUGAAUCCAGCCUUCAGCUGGAAGGAAGUGAAAUCCUUCUAGGUCCAGAAGUGACUUGUGGACCUAUAGAACUGAUGGUCUCUACUCCAUUUGCCUUGACAAUCCCACAUUGUGCAGAUGUGAACUCUGAGCAUUGGAAUAUUCAUUUGAAAAAAAGAAAGCAUCUAGGCAAAUGGGAGGAAGUGAUGUCUGUAGAGGAAGAAACCACUUCUUGUUACUGCCUCUUGGACCCAUAUGCUUGUCAUAUCCUUUUGGACUCCUUUGGAACUUAUGCUCUCUUUGGAGAGCCACUGUCUGAUUGUUCUGUUAAAGAACUGAAAGUAGCCGUCUUUGGCUGCAUGUCCUGCAACUCUCUGGAUUACAGCCUAAGAGUGUACUGUGUUGACAACACUCCCUGUUCAUUUCAGGAUGUGAUUUCAGGUGAAAGACACCAGGGAGGACAAUUGCUGGAAGAACCAAAACUGCUGCAUUUCAAAGGGAAUACCUUCAGCCUUCAGAUCUCUGUUCUUGAUAUUCCCCCUUUUCUCUGGAGAAUUAAACCAUUCACAGCAUGUCAGGAAGUUCCUUUUUCUCGUGUGUGGCGCAACAACAAGCAGCCACUUCACUGUGCCUUUUCCCUGGAGCGCUACACUCCUGCCACCACACAACUCUCAUGCAAAAUCUGUGUCAGACAAGUCAAAGGCCACGAACAGAUCCUACAGAUCCAGACAUCAAUUCUAGAGAAUGAAAGAGGAACAAUCACUUUUUUUUCGCACGAUGACAACUUUCCUGUUCAGAUGGGCCCACAAGCCUUUAAGAUACCUUACUCUAUCAGGCAGAGAAUAUGUGCAACUUUUGACACUCCCAGUGCCAAAGGCAAAGACUGGCAGAUGUUAGCACAAAAAAAUAGCAUCAACAGGAAUUUGUCUUAUUUUGCUACACACCACAGCCCCUCUGCGGUCAUUUUGGACUUAUGGGAAGCCAGACACCAGCACGAUGGUGACUUAGACUCUCUAGCUUGUGCUCUGGAAGAAAUAGGAAGGACACAAUCCCAAAUUUCUAACCUUACAGAAACUCAGAUGGAGGAAUCCAACUUCAGCUACAGCAGACAAAAUGGACUUUAG